CCCAAUCGGCCAUCAUCCACGACGGCGACGACUACGCACACGAGUACAACCAGCGCGAAACAACACCGCCGAACAAUGGCUACCGACGAGCACCGCAUCCUUAACUUCGCGGCGGGCUCGAACUAUGAGGUUCUUGAGCUCAUCGGCGAAGGCGCCUACGGAAUAGUGUGCUCCGCGAUACACAUUCCGACCCAGCGAAAAGUCGCAAUAAAACGCAUCACCCCCUUUGACCAUAGCAUGUUCUGUCUGCGCACUCUCCGCGAGAUCAAACUCCUCCGCCAUUUCGACCAUGAGAACAUCAUCUCUAUUCUCGACAUCCUCCGUCCGCCAUCUCUAGCGGAGUUCCGAGAAGUCUACCUCGUGCAGGAACUCAUGGAGACCGAUAUGCAUCGAGUUAUCCGAACGCAGGAGCUCAGUGAUGAUCACUGCCAAUACUUUAUCUAUCAGACGCUGCGUGCCUUGAAGGCUCUCCACUCAGCUGACGUCCUGCAUCGCGAUCUUAAGCCGAGUAAUUUAUUAUUAAAUGCAAAUUGCGACUUGAAGUUAUGCGACUUCGGUCUUGCACGCUCGGCCCGACCUCCGCCCAACGUCGAUGACACCAGCACGUUUAUGACUGAAUACGUCGCAACGCGAUGGUAUCGUGCACCUGAAGUCAUGUUGACUUUCAAGGAAUACACGAGGGCGAUCGAUAUCUGGAGUGUGGGAUGCAUUCUCGCGGAGAUGCUCAGCGGGAAACCUCUCUUCCCUGGUCGUGACUAUCAUCACCAACUCUCACUCAUCCUUGAUAUCCUGGGUACCCCGUCAAUCGAUGAUUUCUACGCCAUCUCAUCACCACGUUCGCGAGAGUACAUCCGUGCCUUGCCCUUCCGCAAGAAGCGUUCACUAAUGACGCUCUUCCCGAAUGCCAACCCCUUGGCAGUCGAUCUCAUGGAAAAGUGCCUAACAUUCAGUCCAAAAAAGCGUAUACAAGUUGACGACGCGCUUAAGCAUCCUUACCUCGAGCCUUACCACGACCCAAUGGACGAGCCCACUGCACCACCACUCGACCCUUCGUUCUUCCACUUUGACAAUGGCGUGCAACUCUCGAAAGAAGACUUGAAGGAGUUGAUCUACGAGGAAGUUAUGCGGCCGAUGUGAUCACACCAGCUCGUGCUCAACAAAAUCGAUACCAACUAUCCAUUCGAUUCCCUAAGCAUCCCCUGCUACUCAUCUUACCAGACACUGGUCCAGCAUCCUCUAGACCCACCUAAAAACGCGCAACAUCACUUCCAAAUACCUUGCCGUAAUUCGACAUAUACCAAUGACACAGACAACAAUCCUGUUCGCGCGAUUAAUGUUAUCCAGCUGACCGGUCGACCGCUCGCUCCAUCCCGUUCUGCACAAGAAAUUAUGUAUUUUUCGUUCUUAUAGGGCUCCAUCCUCGCUCUUGAUUUUUCUUUGUUCUUCUGUUCCUUUUCGUCUUAUUGUUGGUUCGUUUGAUCAUGUUAAUAUUAAUGAGAAUAUGUACGAUAUACCCUACGUUCAAAGAAGAAAAU